AUGAUCUUCCGACAGCUAUUGGUUGACAGAACGACCAAAAGUAACGAAUACACAUCGGAGGAGAUUGAAAAGGUCAUCACUAGUCUUGUUGACUCUUCCGACACGGCUCGAGACGGUCAACUACGCAAUGACAAUAUCAUUGACGAGUUACGCCAAGAAGUCAGCAAGCUCAAAAUCGCAGCGGAAAGUGACAAAGCAAUUAUUGAGUCCCUUACCAGAGCCCGAGAUGAGUUCAAGCACAGCGCCGAAACCGACUCGUCGGCACUUCGAGAACUUCGCCAGAAAUUCGAUGAUCUUCGGAUCAAGAAUGCAGAGUUCGUAGAUGUGUAUGCCAAGAACCAAAAUCUCCAGGCUCGGUUGCAGACCGCAGAACAAGACGCAGAGAAAGCCGCAACCAGAUAUAAGGACCUCGAGUCAGCAUCAGGAGCAGAUGAGGUGGCUUUGACAGAUCUCCAAGAUAGGGCUCGACGGGAUGCUCAGAAGGUCAUCGAUCUGGACAACGAAAAGGCAAAGAUAGAGAAGCAAUGCGCAGACCUGGAAAUGGAGCUAGAUGAACUGCGUGAUGAGCAUACCAGCCUCGAAGAGAGAUGGGACGAGUCUCUUGCAUCUGAGUCGAGUGAUCUUCGCCAAAAGUAUGAUGAUCUCGAGCAAAAGGCUCAGAACUGUGAAAACAGGCUACAGGAAUCAAACUCCAAUUGGCUCAGGGCUCUGACUUCUGUACUGACCAGUAAGAUCACUGGUGAAGACAUACCCUCAGUCCUUUUGCAGCCGAUUUUGCACAACGAGUUCUCCAGCAUGGACAGAUUUUCGACAAAAGCAUUGGCGGCGCAUAAGUUCGCAGAACAGUACUCUGGCCUCAGUGAGAUGAGCAGACAGGAUCUGAGCAUCACUGAGCUUCUCUGUUGGAGCAAGGGAAUCUCGACGCCAUCUGGUGUUGGUACUAGUGAACUAGACCAAGUUGUCUGGCUGGAACGUUACGUCCUGGAGCAUAUCAGGACGCGGCAGAAGAAGGACACCUGGGUCCUAUUGGCUUUCGAACUUCUUCUCCAGAUGGUAAAAUCAGGCGACUGGCUUGCGCGUUGUGUCGCAUGCGUACGUCUCGCGGUGCUAAGUAAUCAGUACGUCAUGUACGAUGGAGAGGCUUGGAUACAGGUUGUUGAAGCCGUCAGAACCGCUUGGCCGCAACUUGAUAUUGAUCCGCUAGGCCAGGCAUGCGUCGCAUAUCUGGCUCUGACCACCGAUGACUCCAAGAGUUUUAUGAAACCUAGACUUGCUCAGGCAAGCUUCAGCAAAACGACACCUAUUCCAGAAAUUUUUGCAUUGCUGGAAGACGAUCAUCGAGUGGGGUUAACAACAGUCGGCGAUACCAGAAUCGUCGUCGCAAGUCACCUCGAUCAGGAAGUUGUGUUUUCAAAAGCUUCGCAGGACGACGGAUGGAAAUGCUCAGUGGGACCAACUAUGAACUUGCGCUCUCUUGGCGAUGGCAAUUUGCGUCUCAUAUGGGGUCAGGACUCCGAGGAGACCUUGGAAUUUGGUUACAAAGACCCUCUCUACAAGUACCUUCGCAGACGCCACGGCCCCACGGCAAAGGUCACAGUUGGCAAAGACAUCCAGCAAAGACUUCAGCAUAGUGCAAUGAGGGUCACAAAUAUGACUUUAUCAAAGCGACAGCACCACUAA